CCCUCCCUCUCUCUCUCUAAACUUCUCAUACCUUCCAAGAAUUCGCAUACUGUAUGAAAGUUUGGUCAAGAUGGUCAGAGGAGGGCAACUAAAAUGAUCUAGGGUCUGGAGAACAAGCCCUAUGAGCGGCUUAAAGAACUGGGCAUGUUUAGCCUGAAGAAGAGAAGGCUGAGAGGAGACAUGAUGUAUAAAUAUGUGAGGGAAAGUCAUAGGGAGAAGGGAGCAAGCUUGUUUUCUGCUGCCCUGCAGACUAGGACGCAAUGGAACAAUGGCUUCAAACUACAGAAAAGAAGAUUUCACCUGAACAUUAGGAAGAACUUCUUCACUGUGAGAGCUGUUCAGCUGUGGAACUCUCUGCCCCAGACUGUGGUGGAGGCUCCUUCUUUGGAGGCUUUUAAGCAGAGGCUGGAUGGCCAUCUGUUGGGGGUGCUUUGAAUGCGAUUUCCUGCUUCUUGGCAGAAUGGGGUUGGACUGGAUGGCCCAUGAGGUCUCUUUUGAAACAACAUUUUUCUAAGCUAACAGAACGAUGGCCACGCCUCUGCCUCCCUCCCUCUCCCGCUCUGAUUGGCUUAGUGCAAGGCUUCUGGGAAAUGGAGUUUUAUCCAGGCUGCUGCUUGCUUCGUUUCCACUUAAAUAAAUGGAGAAAGUUCAGAGGCUUUGUUCUCCUGCUUUUUGAAAGCUUUUGGGAUAUAAUUUGCCUCAAUCAAAGCAAAAAUUCACCACUCUUUGCCUAUCAAGUUUCAUAAUGUUUGACCCAUCCACUGAUUUUUGGGGCAUUUUGAAACAACAUUUUUUUAAAACGCUAGCAGAAUGAUGGCCACGCCUCUCCCUCCCUCUUCCGCUCUGAUUGGUUGAGAGGCAUGCCAACAUGGCUUCUCCUCUCAGAGGGGCUACAGCUACAUCCGAAGACAUCAGAAACAGACGAAAAAAGGUACAAUGGAAACUGAAAUUAAAAGCAGCACCUGAAUCUUUUAUCAACAUUAUCUGCAGGCAUUGCAUUAAAAGAAGAAAACAAGACACAAGCCUCACAGGAAAGAAAUGUUGAUCAGAUCAGUGGGUGAAUGACUGAAAAUUUCAAACUUGGACAAAUAUUUCAACUGAAUUAUAAAAGAAAAACACUCAUAAAAAGAAUAUUGGUUAGAAAAAGACAUAUUGAACUCUGUUGCCACAAGUUGCUAUAGAAAAUAUAAAUGUAUCAAAAUACUUUUGACACCUUGGCCUGACUGAUUUGAUGUGUCAGAUGUCAAGUGACUUAAAUAAAAAUUAUGCUAAUCACGAGGCAUCAUGUUGUGUUCUAUUCUCAAAGAUCUUAGACAUGUUAAAUCAAUGUUUUGUGGAAAAUCAAACUGUGAUGACUGAGUUUAUUCUUUUGGGACUUUCUGAUGAUCUACAAGUACAGUUCUUUCUUUUCUUUGUGUUUCUAGCCAUAUAUGUAGUCACAUUAUUAGCAAACUUUAUGAUUAUAUUAGUAAUCAGGGCAGAGCAUAGUCUACAGACCCCUAUGUUUUUCUUUCUCAAAAUACUUGCUUUCGUUGACAUUUGCUAUUCAUCCAUCACCGUUCCAAAGAUGUUGGAAAAUUUUGUAUCAAAGGAGAAAUCUAUUUCUGUGGUGGGAUGUUAUGCACAGAUAUUCUUCUAUAUCCCUUUUUCUUGUGAGGAAAUUUUUCUGCUCACUGUCAUGUCAUAUGAUCGCUAUGUUGCUAUCUGUGAUCCACUCCAUUAUCCAACAAUUAUGAACACAGAGAUGUCUCAUCGGCUGGUGGCUGGAACUUUUGUAAUGAGUUUCUUGGCUGCUUUAAUCAACACUGUGCCUUUAAUAGGAGUGACCUUCUGCGGAUGCAACAGAAUCAGCCACUACACUUGUGACCUUCCUGCACUUUUGAGUUUGUCUUGCAGUGAAAAUUCCCACAACCACUUGCUGAUAUUUCUUUCUUGUUUUCUUUUUGGUAUUGUUCCUUUCUUCCUAACACUUGUCUCCUAUAUUAGAAUAAUUUCAACUAUCCUGGAGAUUCAGUCUACAAAAGGCAGGAGCAAAGCCUUCUCCACUUGCAGUUCUCACCUCAUUGUGACUUGUUUAUUUUAUUUCUCUGCUUUUGCCUCAUACUUAAAGCCAAGGUCUAGGUUUCAGUCCUAUUCAGAGAGAGUAGCCUCUAUCCAGUACCUUAUUUUAUCUCCUCUGUUAAAUCCUAUAAUAUACAGUCUUAAAAACAAUGAAAUUAAAACAAAUGUUAAGAAAAAAAUUGUAAAAUGCAGGUAAAACUACAAAACUUUAUGCAUGUUUUGAAAUAAAUUAUACUGCCAUAUACUAUGAAAGAGAAAGAGAUCAAGAAAUUGAUUUUUUAUUGUGAAAAGGAACAAUAUUCAAUAGGAAUUAUGUUAGUUUAUU